AAAGGCCGCCGGUAGUUGUGCGCAUGCGGGAAAGUCUGUCAGUUUGGGGGACUGCUGGUGGCGGUUACCCUGGUGAUAAGUAAUGGGGGGAAGCGAGAGCACCGGGCGGCGGGUGUCCUUCGGGAUGGAUGAAGAGGAAAGGGUGCGGGUGCUGCGAGGAGUCAGGCUUUCCGAUGACAUGGUAAAUCGUAUGAAGGAGUCGCAAAGAGGUGAGCAAAGCAAUGUGCCAGGGAGCACUCCAUCAGCUCAGACUCCUAGGGGGGAGCCUGCAGCAGAGGCCAGAGGCUCUGAGCGAGCAGCUGCAGGAGGAAGCAAGCAGACGACAUAUGCAGAGGAUGAACUGUACAGGAGAUACGAGAAGGAACAAGCCAUCAUCCAGGAGGAACUGGGUCGUAUCGCCAAGAGAGAGCGCGAGGCAGCUCAGGAGCGGUACAGCUCCACCAUCCUCCGUGAGAAGAACUACACCACCCAGGAGCGCAGGAGGGCCGAACAGCUGCCUGCGGAUUUGGAUGAAUGGGCCAAAGAAAUUCAACGCAAAGACGAAGAGCUUAAAAUACUUGAUGCUUUUCACAAAGAGCAACUGGCAAGCAUUGAGAAGAAGAACCUGGAAAUCUACAAGUUGACGGCUGAACAGUUCCACACUGCAGCGACCAAUGCGGAGUUCCGAGUGAAGAAGAGAAGUUACGACCCGGUUUGCAUGAAUCUUCAGUCUGAUAUCCUCAAGUGCUACACAGAAAACCGCCAGGAGCUUCUCAACUGCGGCCACCUCGCCAAAGAGUAUCGGAGCUGCGUGAGGGAGGCUCAGAAGAACCUGCUCUUCAAUCACGGCUAAUUCGCCUAUUGUGAGCGCAAGGGAAGGAAAUUAAGAGCCGACCCUCCGCACUUCUCCGGCGCUGAAGACUGACGGCUGGCAAAGGAAGAGUUAACGUAGACGUCAAAGCGGAAAUAUUCCAAUGUACGGGAUUAUCCUGAGAUGAUUUGUAAAUCGGAGAGGGCGAAGCAUGACGCAGGAAUUCCCCAAAACAGUAGUCAUGCUCCGCCCCCUCCAGUGCUGUCCAAUGUUCCUUUAAACUCCUUCAUCCUGACAAUGGUUGCCACUUCCAUUACCGUACAAAACCGAUGCACUGUGCUAUAUCCAGCGUAGGGGGUGGGGCAUGACCAGGAUUUUCAUGGUCACGCCCCGCCCCCUCAAGCCCUGCAUUAGGCAUACAUACAGUGGAGUGUUCCUUUAAAUUUAUAUCUAUAGUUCACGGAGUCGUCUUCCUCUGCCAUAGUGUUAGAUGUUAUAUAUCUGGUGGCACCCGUAUGACCGCUGUUAUACCCGAUUGUCACCCAGCUUUCCUAGUGUCCCGAAUGACAUUCAUGCCUACUUAUGUAAUUAUACUUUCUCUCAUGCCAUAGCAUUCUUGGAAAGCUGGGUGACCAUCCUUGUGGCGGCCAUAUUGGAUGUCUCACCCAUCACCCGUCCACCUGCUGCCCGUUCCCUGCUCAUUUCCCAGGAUUGUUUAUUUUCAUGCAGGGAUAACUCCAUGCUGACAACCUCUCAUCUUAUAAUGACCACGACUGUCCACAGCUGCAGAAUCGGCACCUUGUGUCAGACAAUUAAUCUGCGGUCAUUCAAUGCCGCUCAUUUUAAAAGGGACCGAGCACCUACUGCUGUGCCCCUCUCCCCAUUUAUGUUGCCUUAUUACGAUCCUGCCUGAUGCUUUAGGUUUGGUACCCACCUUUGCCGCCCAGUGCGGUAGGUACUCCUGUUUUACAGCCAUAUCAUGCCGAUGCUGCCGUCCCAUAUCCCCGUCUACCAUAGACCGUCCAUGUUGUUAGAUUAGAGAAUAGGAAUUGUGGUCAAUCUCUGGUUUUGCAUGUGCCAAAGAAUAGGGGUUGUAGUAGUGUCUGAUGAGGUCACUGGCUCAGCCUGCCUCCUUUACAUGUUAGGGGCCAUUUAUCGCUCUAGAAGUCGGUGAUUCGCCUUAUGUCGUCCCUGCCAGAAAAAUGCAUUUUUGUAAAACUGUCAAAAGCUGAAUAAAAGUCACAGCGACCGAACCUGA